AUGGCACCGAGGAGAAUGGAGACCAAACCCGUUAUAACGUGUCUCAAAACCCUGCUCGUCGUUUAUUCCUUUGUGUUCUGGAUCACAGGGGCUAUCCUCCUGGCUGUGGGACUAUGGGGGAAGUUUAUGCUUGGACCGUACAUCUCUCUGAUCGCUGAGAACUCCACUAAUGCACCCUACGUCCUUAUUGGAACUGGUACAAUCAUCAUCGUCUUCGGCUUGUUUGGAUGUUUUGCCACUUGCAGGGGGAGCCCAUGGAUGCUCAAACUGUAUGCAAUGUUCCUCUCGCUGGUGUUCCUGGCCGAGCUGAUUGCUGGCAUCUCUGGCUUUGUUUUCCGUCACGAGAUUAAAGGAACCUUCCUGAGGACCUACAGUGAGGCGGUGCAGAACUACAAUGCUCAGGACGAGAGGAGUCUGGCUGUGGAUAACGUCCAGCGGAGUCUUCGUUGCUGUGGUGUGUUAAACUAUACAAGCUGGUUCAACAGUGUGUAUUUCCCGACUAGUGGUAUUCCUCCCAGUUGUUGUGCCAACGUCUCUGACUGCCACGCCUCAGAUCUGCGUAACGCCACUAUAGCAGCUACCAAAGUUUACCAGCAGGGUUGUUAUGAACUGGUUACUUCCUUUAUUGAGACUAACAUGGGCAUCAUUGCUGGGGUGACAUUUGGAAUUGCCUUCUCACAGCUUAUCGGGAUGCUGCUGGCGUGUUGUCUGUCCCGGUUUAUCACUGCUAACCAGUACGAGAUGGUCUAGCAGAGUACAGACAGGUAUGAAGAGGGCAUCCAUCAAUUCAGAGACCUGAGGAGGAAACCCAAGAAAUUAGCACACUCCAUUUUACUCUUCGUUCUUUGAUUCUCUCUUUAUUUACUCUGACGUUUUCUCUGCCCUGCUCUUGGUAGUGUAUCAUUCCUGAUUGUGCAUUUAAUGCCAGCUUUUAGAAUUAAAAGGUAAAGUUUUACUUACUGCGCUCUGUAGAAAGCCAUGCAUGCGCAAGCAAUUACAUUUCUUUGCUUAAAAAUCAACCUCCAUUUUAAUCAGCAACCUAAAUCCAACUGAUUUCAUGCGUUCUAGCUGUACUUCUUUGUCUAAAAAGGUUUUAAUAGAAAAAAUCUAUAUAUAUAUAUACAUAUGAUAAAAGAAUUAAUACAGUUUUUGUUGUCGUUGUUGCUGUACGUAAGCUUUAGUGCGGUUUUUGGUGGAGAGACAUCUCAGAAAGGUUUUGCUUUGUUCAGUUUGUUUUAUUGCCCUCGAUUUCUGAAUCUCGCCGAGUCCCAUUUCUAUGGAGCUGUACAUAGUUUUUCUGCUUGUGCUGCCUUUUAGAGCUUGUUCUUUUUGUCCAAGGUUGCUAUAGCUAGUUUGCACUAGCGAUGUGACAAUACAUAUAAAAGAUGUUUAACUGUGAGAAGGAAAUCAAAUAUAGUUCUGUUAUCACUGUUAUGCUAUUAUGUGAAUAAUAGCUAUAGCUUUGCUCUUUCAGUCCGAGAUUUCAGCCAGGUUGUACUAGAGGUUUGUUGCAAAUUUUCUUUAAUAUUAAGCUGUGUAAUUAUAUAUAGUAAAAUUAUUGUUACAUUUUGAGCUAAAUAUCUAUUUGAAGGAACUUUAUUGCUAGUUUUAUUACUAGUAGAUUGUAUUUAUAUUAAGAAGAACAAUGUUGUGGUCAGUUUGGUGCGACAAUGCUUUGAAACACUUAUUAUUGCUAAUGUGUCACAUGAGCGUCCACAUGUUGGCAUCGUCACUUUAGCUAAUCUGCAAAUAAGAUAAACAGGAAUCUAGGUCAUUACUGGAUUACCUAAAAAGUGAAUUUAAUGACAGCUUUGCUUGCCACUCUGUGUCUGUUCGUCAGCUGGCAAAAAUGUUAAUUGGUGCUAGAUUGUGAUGCCAAACCACCACUGUUUAUCAAGUGCUUUUGAUAUUGACAUUUUUAUGAAUCAGGAUUAAAAUGCAUAUUGUAAGCCGUUCCAAAUUACAAAGGAUUUACAGUAAGCAUUUCAUUUCUAAUUCCUGGUACCUUUAGCUCCUACAGAAAUCAGCUUGCUGUGAGAUACCAAGUGGCAAAGAAAUGCUGUUCUUAAACGCACCUUAGUGAGAGGUGUAGCAUAUGACUGUAAAAUAUAGCCACAACACAUGAAACUUGAAUAGUAUGUUGCUGUUUAAUUUGCUAAGCUAGUUGGCUGACUGGUUGAGUCUUGCAGGGGUUUGUUUUGGUUAAUGUUUAGUAUACAUUCUUGAUGAUCUCAGGCUCAUCUCUUAUCUAGAUCUCUUAGUUUUUAAAUGGACUAAUACACGAGGAAUACAAUGUGAGUGAGGUAAAUUAUUUCAGUCAUUUUAUAAAUAAAAUAUUGGGUCACGUAGGAUUUUAUACAUCAUGAAAUGUAAAGACAAAUACAAAAGUUAAACAGCUAAUCUAAAUCUAAACACUGAAACAAAUUCUGUAAUGAAGUUAACAAGCAAAAAUGAAGUCAUGGAAAUGGUCGGAAUGAGCAAAAUGUUGCUGAAUCUCGGACUGAACUGAACUGUGAAUGUCGUAGUUCAGGCUGCUAGCUCCAUAUUUUGUUCUCUGUGAACUAUUGAAUUUUGUUUUGUUAUAUUUUACUGUAUUUUUUAUUUAUUAGGAUUAUUAUAUAUUAUAUACAGUAGUAUAGGAUGGAUUUGCUGAAUUCUAUUUUACAGCUUCCCCUAGUUUUGGUGGCUCAUUCAGUAUUAUUACCUGGUGGUUGAAGUCUUACGAGUACGUUACAGAUCAAACCACAUAAUGCGAAAACGGACAAGUAAACAAAUAAUAAUCACACUUUGUAUUAUAAAAAUGUAACUUUUUAAACCGCAUCACCACCUAGCAUGUCAGCAAAUAUGUACGUUGAUAUUGUAAACGACUGUGAUGUCUGUUAAUAAAAUGUUCAUUUCAUCAUU